AUCAAAGUGAAAAAAAUAUUGGGUGAUCUUCUGCAAAAUAUAGGAUACAAUGAAAAACUUGUCGAAAGCGAUCUUACUAAAUAUUUAAGAGAAGAAGCUAUAAGAUGGGCAUGUAUUUUUAAUGUUCCUUUGUGCAGACUAACAGUCACUUCCAAUUUAGAUCGUCAUCAUUCUGUACAAAACAGAAAAAAAAAUUAUUCUUCUAACGCAUGGAAAGAAUGGAUGUAUUGUACUGGUUUGAUAGAAGGAAAAUCUUCUAUUUGGAACGAUAUAUUGAUUGAAUGGGAGAAUACACUUAAUAAUAGAUUUUUAGAAUACUUGACUUGCAGCAAAGAUUCUGUUAUUAUCACCAAUUAUUUAACACAAACAAGACAGAAUAAAUUUGUUGCUAAAAUACAACACGCUAAACGUGCUAAUAUAUUUCUUCUUAUUAUUGCGAGGCAUGCAAGGAACAAAAUAAUAUUGGAUUUUAUAUUGCAAAAUUUUUUUAAAUUUAAUUUAAUAGAGCAAGAGAAAAUUUCUACAAUAAUUGUUAUGAUUACGAAUGUGGAGGACGUACUUCAAUUGAAAAAGAUAAAUUCUUUUGUGACAAAUAAUUUUACGAAGUUAAUAAAUGCGACUGACAAAAAAAUAAGAAAACGAAAAAUGGAACACCAAAAACAAGUCACAAGAUACGGGUCUCUUAUAUUGGGAUAGAUUAUUUUUUAAAUAUGACGAAUUUAUAAGUUUGGUCAUAUUGAUCAUAUUUGUUCAUUGAUUAUUCAUUUUAAUAAGUUUGAUUGUUUUUCCGAAAUUUCAUGCGCACUAGUUACUUAUGUAUUUCUCGUUUUCAAUACGCGUGUUACUUUUCCUCUCUUUUUUUCAGUUGAGGCUAUCUGUAUAUUCUAUUUCUGUAAUUCUUGUUUCAUUUUAGAAAUCAA